AUGAGCGAAGCGUUGAGAACAGGAGAUCUGGUGCUGUGCAAAGUCGGGUCGUUUGCUCCAUGGCCUGCGGUAGUUUUUCCACAGCGGUUCCUACGAAAAGAUGUUUACCGGCGACGCAGGUCGGAGUGUGUGGCGGUGUGCUUUUUCAACGACGAAACGUACUACUGGGAUAAGCCCGUACGUCUGAAGCGGCUCGAUCGCGAUAUGAUUGCGGAGUUCCUGGAGAACAGCAAGGGCGCGGACGAGGACGAAGUCCUGGUAGGGGCGUACGAAGAGGCGCUCGAGUACCGUACGCUGCACGACUUCAUAGUGCAGCGGCUGGAGGACGAGAAUCGUGCACGCGACUGGGACGGUUCCAGCAAGAUUGUCGCGGGCGAGGACCCGUUUGAGGGUAAAGGCGUACCCAAGACGUCUGCAAAUGUAGGUAGCGCUGCAAAACCAGUGGGCAAGCAUGUGCGCGCCAAGCAAGUUGACAACACUGGCGGACUAGGGUCCCCGACCGUCAACGACACCAAGUCUAUCCGCAAGAAGCAGAAGCUAGACCGCUCGCGCAGAAUUGAAAUUUCGUUGCUCUUCAGGCGCAAGCUCCAGCGCAACCUGGUCCAGCGCGAUACACCACCAAGCGUCGAGGAAUUGAAAGAGUCUCACAAACUGCUGCGCAAGAUCGCAGAAAACACAAAUGAUAACCCGUCUUUCUUCGACCUCCAGGCCUUGGGCCACAGCAAACUGCAUAAAUUGCUCAAAGUCAUUAGAAAUGACGAUAAUCUGCAAGAGUUCCAUGGAGAGUGCAACUCUCUUCUUGAGCAAUGGGCUCCAUUAAUCCAGGAGCUUAAAAAGGACAAAAUAAAAGCACGCGAAAGCUAG